AUGCGCAGCUCGCUUACCAACCACGUUAUGAUUGCUGAGGUUGACUUUGAGAGAUACGGUUCCCAACUACUCCUACGAGCCUUUGAAGGUAGGAAGGAGGGAGAAUGUUCCGGCCCGGCUCUGACGGGUACUAAUUAUAGAGAAAGCAGUUUCUUCAAGAACUACGAAGAAUAUAAGCAUACUCUAGUAAUAUCUACUAACAGUAAGGUCGAUCCCCAGACAGAGUUCGCUACAGGCACCCUAGGCUUGCCAGGGAAUGAUUGCCUUCCUCGUCUCCCCUUCCCCUCCAUUACAGAUCGCUUACCAACGAUGGCCACCCUCCCCUUCGCCGUCGCUGCGCUCGCAGGCAAAGUCUACGUGAUCACCGGUGGCAAUACCGGGGUGGGCUUCCACACCGUCGAAGAGCUCACCAAACAAGGUGCCCACGUGUACAUGGGCGCCCGAUCGCCCAGUAAGGCCGAAGCCACCAUGGAAAAGAUUCGAGCGGAUACCCCCACGCUCAAUAAACUCUACGGGCCCGAUGGUACUGAGACAGCGAAGAGGGGCAUUCGAACUUCCGUGGUCCACCCGGGAAAUCUCGAUACUAACAUUAGCAAACAGACUGCUUUCCCGAAGUUUGCCAACACUGUGUUGAAGGCCCUUCGCGCGUACUCGCACGCGAGGGAAGGAGCCUACAACCCAGUCUUUGCUGUUGCGUCGCCAGACUUCAAGGCAGCUGAUAGCGGGGAGUACCCUGUGCUCGGACAGAGGAUGAAGCAGCCCAGGAAGGCUGCGCAGGAUUUGGAGCCAACAGCGCGGCUCUGGAAAUGGACGGAAGAAGAGAUGCGAACAAGAAUAUUGCCGUACUGA